GGGAGAGGUCCGGGACAGGUUAUAUACUAAGUUUCUAUGGCUUGGCUGGAGAUCGCACCAGAAAACCUGUACUUGUCUGAGCAGGUGAUUGUUCUGCUGUCUUGUGCCUUGUCCUUCCUGGGUUCUGCCCUCAUCAUCUUCACCCACAUCCGCUGGCCAGAGCUUCGGAGUCGCCCACGUCAACUUCUCCUCUUCUUGUCUGUAGCUGACCUGUUGUCAGCGGUCUCCUACUUCUAUGGAGUCCUGCGUGAUUUUAAGGCCUCGACAUGGGACUGUGUGGCCCAGGGUGCCCUAUCUACUUUCUCCAACACCAGCUCUUUCUUCUGGACCAUGGCGGUUGCCCUCUACCUAUACAUCACUAUUGUUCACUCUCAGCAGAGCCUUGCUGAACAUAUGAUCUACUGGUUCCAUGUAAUCAGCUGGGGUGUUCCUCUUGUGAUCACAGUGACUGCAGUGUGCCUACAGAAGAUUGGCUAUGAUGCAUCCUACGUUUCAGUGGGUUGGUGCUGGAUCGAUAUAGCGGCGGAUGACAGGCUUACAUGGAUGCUGUUGGCUGGGAAAGUGUGGGAGAUCUUGGCUUACCUGGUCUUGCCUUUUCUGUACAUCCAUAUAAAGAAGCACAUUGGCAGAGCGCAUAGAGCUUUAUCCGAAUAUCGUCCAAUCCUAUCCGCUGCUCCUGUGUACCAGCCCAAAACUAUAGCUGACAAGAAGCUGGUCUUCAUCCCUGUUAUUUUCAUCUUUCUCCGCAUCUGGAGCACCAUCCGCUUCAUCCUGACUCUUUGUGAUUCUCCAGCAGUGCACAACCCCAUCCUUGUUGUACUACAUGGUAUUGGAAAUAGCUUCCAGGGUGGAGCAAACUGCAUCAUGUUCGUUUUAUGCACACGUGUCAUCAGAACCCGUCUUCUGAAAUCACUAUGUUGGUGUUGCUACGGAUCGCCCGGCUCUGGUGACGUCAGGGGGGGUCCGGUGUCUGAGAGUUAUCCAUCGGGCUAUGGUUCCACAUCUGGGAUCCUCGACAGCCAGGAGUGGUCACCACAUCAGCCCAGUACUUGAAUGUGCUGCAGGAUCUUCCAUCCACCCAAUUAAAGGGUCUUCUUUAGACUUCACUGGUUUUAUGGAAUUUGUAGUUACAAUGACAAGCGACCUAAAUGGAGCUUUAAUGUGCCCUGUGUAAAGAAGCUGGUAAGAUGUACAGGACUCAAAGUCUGUUCUAGGCACUUACCAUGGGGUUCUUGU